AGUUUGAGCCUUUGCAACGAAAACGGUUUUCUGCCUCGGGUCUUGUGUGAAGUGUGUUUGUAGAGUGUGUGAUAUUUAUUUCGUACAAAAGUGUAAUUUUUAAGUGUUUUUACGUUUUGUGUGAUAAUGGCCACGGCGCUCCCGCCGUCGCCCGCGUGAAUUUCCGAGACUCUUGAGCAGUGAACUCAGGCCUACGCCGCGCCAACCAACCACGAUGAAAAUGGUGUUGUCACAACGGCAACGAGAGGAGCUGAACAAAGCGAUCGCCGAUUACCUGGGCAGCAAUGGGUACACGGACGCGCUGGAAGCGUUCAAGAAGGAGGCCGACAUGACCGGCGAGAUGGACCGCAAGUUCGGCGGCCUCUUGGAGAAGAAGUGGACCUCCGUCAUCAGGCUUCAGAAGAAGGUGAUGGAACUGGAGUCUAAGCUGUCUGAAGCACAGAAGGAGUUCAUAGAAGGUGCGCCGACGCGGGCCAAGCGCAUGCCGGCGGAAUGGAUUCCGCGCCCACCGGAAAAGUUCUGUCUAACUGGACAUCGCGCCACCAUUACUAAGGUAAUAUUUCACCCAGUAUUCAGUUUGAUGGUAUCCUCGAGCGAGGAUGCGACCAUCAAAGUAUGGGACUUCGAGAGCGGCGAGUACGAACGAACCCUGAAGGGCCACACUGACUCCGUUCAGGACAUCGCCUUCGACCAUCAUGGAAAACUACUUGUAUCGUGCAGCGCCGACAUGUCGAUCAAGCUGUGGGACUUCAACCAGACGUUCGAGUGUGUGAAGACAAUGCAUGGGCACGACCACAACGUGUCGUCUGUCGCGUUCUCUCCUAGCGGCGACAUCGUAUACUCCGCCAGCCGGGACAAGACCAUCAAGGCUUGGGAAGUGGCUACGGGCUACUGCAUCAAGACGUACAAGGGUCAUCGCGAGUGGGUGCGCAUGGUUCGCGUGUCUCCCGACGGCUCGCUGCUCGCGUCCUGCUCCAACGAUCAGACCGUGCGCAUAUGGAACGCCGAGACUAACGAAUGCAAGAUGGAGCUCCGCGAGCAUGAGCACGUGGUGGAGUGCGUGUCGUGGGCGCCGGAGGCCGCCGCGGCCGCCAUCAACGAGGCGGCGGGCGGGGACAACCGCCGCGCCAGCCACGCCGGACCCUUCCUCGCCAGCGGCUCCCGGGACAAGUCCGUCAAGAUCUGGGACGUGAGCACGGGCCAGUGCCUGGCGACGCUGGUGGGGCACGACAACUGGGUGCGCGGCGCGGCGUGGCACCCGGGCGGGCGCUACCUGCUGACCGCCUCCGACGACAAGACGCUGCGCGUGUGGGACGUGGCGCACACGCGCUGCCUCAAGACGCUCUACGCGCACCAGCACUUCGCUACCAGUCUUGAUUUCCACAGGAGCUUGCCAUUCGUGAUAUCCGGCAGCGUCGAUCAAACCGUCAAAGUUUGGGAGUGUCGCUAAGAGCGUUGCCAUUUUAGUAACUUAAACUCACCGAUGAUGAUAUCCUUAUCAUUAUUUUCACAUUAAAUAGCUGCAAUGAAAACAUUGAGUUGCGAUUUUAAUGGCCAAAUCAUUAAAACGGAGAAAUAGUUUUGAUAAUUUAUUGAUAACAUUUCUUCUUUUUGCUCAUUGUGGUCUUUUCUCGUACACUUGACGAUGCUAUGUCUCUCUACCACCAGACUGCCCAAAUUAUACUCUUUUCUUCUUAUCACAAAAACUUUGUCCACAUUCACAUUCCAUUAAAUUGUAAUGGCUCAUAGAUAGUUUCUGUAUAGUUCGUUGUUUAGGUAAUUUGUGUUUCCGAAUAUUUUAGUUUGGAAAUGGUACGGUUCAGAGUAGCUAUAGUAGUGACGUAGCAUUCGUCGUGUACUCGAUCGGAACGAGGGAGUGGGGAGUAAAAGCUGUGUUAUAAUUUAACAUUUCAUUAUUCUGUUUUAUUUUAUAGUUAUUGUUUAUUCGUAAGUGCGUUUAGAUAUAAAUUUUAUUUCAUAUGAAUAGUUACAUUUCUUACAUGUCCACUCUAGAAAAAAUUGUACCUUGAUUUGUUUAUUGAUAAUUUAGUUUUAUUAAAAUUGAUAUUGAUGGUUAUUCAUGACAAUCGUCUUGGAAUCUUUGUGUUCAUCGCAAUCACAUUCAGAAGUCGUCAAUAUCACGCUCUGCCUUUGUACAUAAUAGCUUUCGAUGUUUGUCUCAUCUCGAUGCGGCGUCCAUUGUGUUUGUUUGCAAGUGUGCCAACAGCAUUAAUGGAUGCCUACGGAGGCAACUUGGCUGAUAUAGAUUGUACUGCCGUGCCGGUAGCUGGGUAGUGGGUGGUCGAUGCAGAUGCGCGCUUUAUUAUAGAACAGAGUUUCAUAGGGACUUAUUUUAAGUUUUGGCAAUUCAAAACUUUAACUAUAAGUUAGAGAGUUAUAUUUUAAAGUUUUUAAUUAUUUAUUUAUAUCUUCAGUGUUUAAUUUGAUUCAAGUCUCAAACGGAGUUCUGGUUCACGUAGCUAGCGCAUUGAACUGCUAGAUUAGUGAUUAUUAUGCAAUCAUUACAUUGUCAUUGUCCUGAUUUUAAUUUGUAAGAUGUUUCAUUUGCAUUACAUAUACUUACGCAUUCUACGUAAAUUAAAGUGUGUGAUAUAAUUAAUAUUUUUAAUUUUCAACCUGUUUGAGGUAGCUAGUUUCAAAGAUAAAUCUAAUUUGAAGCCUAUUAUGUUCGGAUUAAAUUAGGUAUUUAUUGCGGCAUUGAGAAUUUGGUUGCCUGGUAUUUUUACUAUAAAUUAGAGGUAGUUGUAGACUAGUAUGGUAUGGUCGUAUUGUUAGAAGCUUUGCCGUAUUACCGCAUGAAUACCAUGUACAUUACAUAUAAAAAAAAACAACAUUAGAGUUCAGGUAUUGCGACACCACGCUAAGAAGCUCUUCCAAAUGUCGAUUUUAAAAUAAUUCAAGCGAAGCUUGUAACAUGACAAUCCUAUGUAGUACAAGUUGAAGUGGACGAGUUGCGCGAGUGUGGUGCGCAGUAUCGCAUCAUUAUAUCAUUGUAUUCGCUUAUCAAUGUAAAUUCGUAUACAACAUCACUGAGGAGGUUGUAUGUUGCUAAGUAACGUAUGUCCCAGAGCGAUGAAAAUAAAAGGCGCAGCGUAUAAAAUGUCCCGACGAGGGGUGUAACCCUUCGUAACCGGACAAGACGAUCACACGUUAUUUUCUAGUCAUAUAAACGCUACAAAAUCUAUAUGCGUAGGACAGCACUUAAUUACAAUCUAAUUGUAACUUUUCUUGAAGCAACAUACUUAAUAUUGUCGAUAGAUCUAAGAUCUCAAAUGUUCUACAUAGCAUUUAUACAAUCUCCUUAGCUAACGUAAGGCAAUCGUCAAUAACAGCUUGCAAACUAUAUUGUAUGUUCUACAUAAGUAAGGAUUUAUAUUACAAUUAUAAAGUAGGUAUCUGCACUCAUGUCAUGAUAAUAUGCUUAUUCUAAGAAUAAUACCGACAUAAUAUGUAUAUCCAUAACAAAAUUCUCUUGUGCACUGCCCCACUGCGCAUCAAACAAAUUCAUAGAUGAUCGAAAUGGAACUUUACAAGUACACUUCACUAAACUUCCAAGAGAAUUUUGUACUUACUCAUAUAACCACUGUAUUUUGUCUAAAUUUAUGAUAAUUACUACCAAAUUUUUUAAUAGAAUUUGGUUUAAUAUUGUCUGUAAAUAAAUCAAUUAAAUAUCUAAUUUAUUUUA